AUAAAACAGAGGCUCAUCAACCGCUCUAAUCCUCUGCUGCUCUAAUCAAUAACAACUGUGUCAUCAUAUAUUAAAUAUAUUAUUAUUAUACAAUAUACUAUUAUUAUUAAAGAACAACAAUUAACUAGAUUAAAAAAAUGCAGAACAAUACAUCAAUGAUGAAACAAAGACUCAAUGAAGAGAAGGAUAAGGACCCAGAGUUUCUUAAAAGAACAAUCUGUGUUCUGGAACUUCCUUUCGUUGUAGAUGAACAACAAGUAGGAAACUUUUUCAAAAAAUGUGAUGGUGGUGUGAAACGUUUGGAAAUUAUUAGGUCUGGUGCUCUCGUAUUUAGUGCAGCCUUUGUAGAAUUCAACAAGCAAAAAGGAAAAAAGAAGGCAAUUGAACUUUCGGAAAAAGUUGGACAAGAAUAUGAUGUAAUAAUAUUGAGUUCUGAGGAUUUUCUUGAAGAUAAAAUCCCAACGAGAAAGGAAGCUAGCAAAUCAGCUGGUUCAAAGAACACAACUGGUGGUCCUUGCAAAAAUCAAUAAUCCUCAUGAAGAACAAUCAUCAACUUGGUAUUUUACAACAUCAAUAUGUUGAUAUAACACAUUAUAUAUAACUACAAGUGAUGCUCUGCUAUCUAUACAUCAUUCAUUCAAUUUUGGUCUAUGUAUUACUUCUCACCUAAAUUUAUAUGAAUAUCACUUGACAGUUUUUCAAAAUCCAACUUUUCACACAAAAACAACACAACACACUAAGAAUUUUCUCCCUUGAUUCAAUCAACAACUCCACAAUCGAUAGAUUGCCUUAAAUUGAACACACUUUUGUACUUGUAUAUAAAUUGGCUCUAAAAUUUU